CCGGAAGUAAACAAACAGAUUUCUGUGACUUUGUUUAAAAUGUCACUUUAUAUUGUUCCCAAACACAUUUUGAGAGUGAAAUACUUGUUAUCUGCAUUGUGCAUUCCACGGAGACAUCGUUACAAAAAUAAAUGGGUAACUAACUGAAUGACUGGCACUGGUUAUGAAAGAGAAUCGACAGCCGGAUAAUUUAUAUAUUGUCACAAACAACCUUUGACUUUUACCCAAGUUAGAUGUCACAAUGUCAAGAUUCAGGUGGCGAACUUAUGUCCUAAAUUUUUAUCCCUAACCUAACCUGAACCCUAAAUCUAUCACUAAACCUAACCUGAACCCUAAACUUAUCCCUAACCUGAGUUUUGACCCUAUCGGAUUCGGAACCAGUGACAAAACACGCAAAUAACGUCAGGGUGCUAUCUCUUCUUCACAUUAGCCAAGAUUCAAGAUGUAGUAAUUAUUGUAGUUUGAGUACAAUUUAGGACACCUGUUACUCUAAUUGGUUGUAAAAAGGAGCCAUCCAUAAAUGACGUCACGUGUCUAGGUGAGGAUGUGUGACUAAGGGGAGGUAGGGUUUAAGUUUAAGCAAUCAAUGUGACAUCACAUGAAAAGCAGAAAUUAUAGUUAAGAAAAAAUAAAGUUAACCAACUUUGACAGCCACGUUGUAUAAUCAAAUGACAGAUAAUAAGACCAUGAGCAUACCAUGGGCAGCUGCUGGAUGCUUGUUACCUCAAAAUAAGGCAGUCUUAGAUGAGGCAUCCUACCUAAUAAAUGAAUUUAUUGUAUUAUUGUAGCUGAAAAUCUAGUUAUUGCAGAUUCAGUUCCACUUUUAGACACUGAUUAAAAAAAGACCCAGAAUACAGGAGGGGAAAGCAUCUAACCAUUUUGAGUUUGGGGAUUUUAUGUUAUGUCAGUCUGUCUGUAUUACAUAUAAUUGCAUUAAUUCAUUUCUUUGCUCCUAGGCUGUGAAUUUAAAGAAAGAACCCAAUUGCCAGCUUGCCCUUAACAACUUUGAUGCCUUUUACAGACCUUAUUAUGGAGCUGAGUGGCCUUCAGUGAGAAUUUCACUUUUGUCAAUGCCCAAAUAUUGUGCAGUUUUAAACAAAUAUGGGCAUGAAGAAAAAAUUGAAUCCCAGUUGGGCGAUCUCACGUUACUGAAUUUUACAGAAUAUGCUAGAUACUUCCAACAGAAAAAAAUUAAAAAUAAUCAAAAUGGAGCAACAUUAGAGCUAAAGUCAGAAAGUAAAGAAGUACCAGUUGUCAGCAAAAAUAAAAAAUUAUCAUUCAAUCCACAAAUGACCAAAGUAUAUCCAGAUGAGACUCAUUUAAAGGAGACGGCGUACAAAGCAGAUAUUGAAGUCUUAGAGCCUUACAAAGAGGAGCUUUAUAAAGACAAUUUAAAUGUCUUUGUGCCAACAGAACAAGUUUAUUCUGAAAAGGAGCAAAUUAUAAAAGAAGAAAUGAGCAUAAACGCUUUUCAGCCGAGAGAUAUUGGGAUAAACAUUAUCCAGCCAAAGUCAGUAAAUAUUUCAAGAUUUGUUGAUGCUUUUGUAUUUCCUAAAGGGGAUAUUUCUCAAUUCCCACAACCAAGACCUCGUUAUGGAAUACAUGGUAAGUAGUUGGAGAUCAAGCAUAAUUGGUCUUUAGUUCAAGUGUAAGGACAUUUCAGUUCUGACAAAUAUGAAGACGAUCCAUUUAAAUUAAUUUAUGAAAUAUUUUUAUAUGCUUAGUUAUAUCUAUAACAAGAAAGUUUGACCUACACUAAUGGAUUUACAGAUGUAUUGGUAGAGCAAGGGGGGCCAGUGGGGGGGUCUUGUGAAAAGCAAGACUUUUUAUCACUUUGUGUACACAACAAAGUUUUAAAAUAUUUUAUAAAUUCUCUGAGGGAUUUUUGUUGUACCGGGUAAAUCAACUUCUUGAAAUGAGCUCCCAAUGAAAAAAAUGGAAUAAGUGUCCAGGCUCUGCAAUGAUACUGGUACCACACAUUAAAAAAAUGUAGGAUAACCUAUUUUGUUUCUCUUCACGACAAUGUGAACAAAGAGAGUACUGUUUUAUAUACUGUAUCUACAACCUGUCUUUGUGUUACAAUCUUCUUCGUAACUUCGUAACUUCAAAUGUUACGACCUUAAUUCAGUAAGCUGAGGCCUUCAUCAAAUGUCGCGGCCUCCUUACGUUGUCUCCAGUUGCGACAUUCUCUAUACUUGACAUGUUAGGAUCUUCGUCCUUACACUCCAACACAUCGCGCAGUAGUUACGUUUACUGCACAGUCAGCAGACUCCACGUUGUCUAGGGGUUUACAACACUGACUUAAUAUCUAUAAAUAUAGAUCACAACUCCAGCAUGGAAAUACAACAGUUCUUUAUUUACAGGAUCCAAUAGCAAUUCACAGUGACGACGUUCAACAGCGAUAAUACUAACUCUCUAACUACUGUCUCGGCUGGACUCUCUAACUACCUCUGACUGUCUAACACUCUCCCUGUCUCUCACUGACUCGGACUCUUACUAACUCUCCUACUCUAGCCAACACACAUCCCUUAUAUAACAACACAACAACUCAGCCUACGCAAACGUGCAACACCACGGACUAACUUCACGCUCUGACCUCUCGACCAACAACUCACAAAACACUCACGAUCCACAACUCCCCCUACCCAACAUUAACACAGCCUACGCAAACGUGCAACACCACGGACUAACUUCACGCUCUGACCUCUCGACCAACAACUCACAAAACACUCACGAUCCACAACUCCCCCUACCCAACAUUAACAACAACUCUCGCUCACAACACUUUGCAAGUUUAGUCUGACUUUAAUUUGUGCAAUUUACAGGAUAUUACUUAAUGGAUGCAGCUUCUGUAAUGCCUGUCCUAGCAUUAGAUGUGCAACCAAGAGACAAUGUGCUAGAUCUUUGUGCCGCUCCAGGAGGAAAAACCUUCACUAUCCUGCAAUCUCUCGACCUAGAAUCUGGUAGGGGGCCAUCCACUAAACAAAUAAAAUGAUUCAUUUUUUAAAAGUAAAAGUGCUAUAUAAAAAUGUAAGCAAAAUGCUUUAGACUGGAGACACAUUGCUUAUUGGUGAGCACCUAAAAAAACUUUCAGGGACAUCUAGAGUUAUUUUUUUAAUGUUGUAAUCACAACAGCAGUGUGUUACAUGUACCGCUACUAAAUUGACAUAAUUGUAGUGUAUAUACACAUUUGUCAAGCACUAUAAAUCUUAAGAAAUUUGUAUAGGUACUUAAGUACAGCCUUACUUAAAUCUUCAUUGCAUUAUUACUUUUAUACACAUUGUUGGCUGGAUAUUAACAUACUGGCAUCUAUAAACUAUUAUGACAUUUUAAAGUAAGAAAAUGAAGUAUUUUAAAUAAUAUAUUAAAUUCUUUCCAUUAAAAGUAUCUGCUUAAACACUUCUAUAUUUCAAGUCUUAGUUUCCAAACACUGUGCAAUAAAAUGAUUCCACAUUUCAAUGCACGUAGUGAAGAAAACAAGGAAAGGCAAAUAAACUUUAAGGUCUCAUGUCAAGGGAUCUUAACCUGUAGUCUAUAAAUAUCAUCCAAUGUGUCAUUAUGGUAAAAAACGCUUCUUAAAUUUUCCAUAAUCUGAUGAGCUGCUGAUGAAUUAUACAGUGGAAUUUUUUGGGUGUAAAUUGUAUUGUUUAUUUCAUUUUAACAUGUAUAUGCUUUUUAUUUUCAGGUGGAUCUUUGAUUUGCAACGAUCUAUCACAAAGUCGUUUAAAUCGUUUGAAAAAUGUGUUAAGUUCACACUUUCCUCCAGAUAUUUCUGAGCAAGUGGUCAUCACAAAGAAGAAUGGCAUCGAAGCGUUAACUCCAGUGUUUGACAAAGUAAAUAAAAUAACAUUUUGUAGUUUUCUUAACCAUAAAUACCAGUAGUUUAAAUGAGCUUUUGUUUUGCAUUGAUACAGAUGCUUAGAUUAAGGGUGGGCAACCUACAGCCUGCUGGCUUAUGAGGCAAGAUAAAACAUGUAAUCCAGCCUGCAAAAUCUAAUUAUACCACUGCUUAUUUUCAAACUGAACUGAACUCAUAUUGAAUUUUUGAAGCCCAACUUCAGUGGUAUUCAUUAAAAGUAGACCAAUUAUUCUCUAACAUCUGGCCAAGCUAAAAAGCCCAGUGAUUUCAUUUCAUAAGCCUUGGAAUAUAACAGCUUAACAUAUUAGCACAGUAUUUCCUAAUUCUUCAGUAUAUGCCAGCUCUAUCACUCUCUGAGGUGUAAUAAUCGCAUCCCCUUUGGCUCGAUUCUUGAAAUUUUUUGACGUUUUACAAGUUUGCGGUUUAAAAAUUUAAUAUUCAAUAUUGCUGUACCACACCCUUCCAUUUGGAUCGAUCCAUGGCUUUCUGCUUCUAUAUGCGGACCCCAGCUGAUGUAAGUCCUUCUCAGUAUCAUCAGUUCAUCUCAUUCUUAGUCAAUGAGUGAGCUAUCUCCCCUACAUUUAUGCCUUUAAAUCACUUUUGCUGCUGUGCAAUCUGGCAUCCUCUAAAGUUCUCCUGUCCAGCGCAGCCUUCCUUUUUUUAAAUUGUUGCAAAUAUGGUUGAGUCUUCAUACAACUGAUAUAUCUCUUUGUCUAAUACUGGACAGUAUAUUUUCCUGAGGAUAUUUAUUUAUUUAUUUAUUUAGGCAUUUUUAUAUAGCGCUUAUCAUAAAGCUCUAAGCGCUUUACAAUUAUUAAAACAUGUAAACUAAGUAAAUACAAAUGAGACACUAGGAUAGUAACUACUAUUCUAUAGAAACAAUGAAAAUGGCUAUAAAAAGAGGACACUUUGACACUUCAGGAUUAAACCGAAACAGAAAAUUAGGUAGGGCAAGGAGGGUGCAUCACAGGUCAUAGGCGGACCUAAACAGAUGAGUUUUAAGGGACUUUUUGAAAAUGGACGAGGUUUCACUAUGACGUAAAUGGAAGGGGAGCUGGUUCCAGAACGUGGGCCCAUGGAAGCAGAAGGAGCGUUCACCGAUGGUCUUAGUUUUAGUUCUUGGGAUUGAGAGGGUUCUACUGUCAAUGGAAGAACGUAGUUGUCUUGUGGGGAUGUAAGGAAGCAACAUGUUUUGAGCAGGUCAUCUGCCUUUGGUGAGGGACCCAGUCUCACUUGCGUAAAUUACAGCAGGUCUUAUAAUAGUGGUGUAUUUGGACUUAUUUGUUCUCCUUGAGAUUUGUUUGCUAUCUAGUAGCUUUUGUAGGUUGAAAUAAAAACGUUUGCCUGCAGUUAUCCUUUCUUUCAACUCAGUCAUUAGUUCAUUACUCUCUCAAAGGUGUGGUUGCUUAUUUUGCUGUUGUCACUAAUAUUUGUGUUUUGUGAUAUUACCACAUAUUUUGUCUUCGCUUCAUUUAUCUCAAGACCACCUUUAACUGAUACAUCUUCAAGUUACUUGAAUGUUCUUCUAAUUAUCUCAUUGUUUUUUCUGCCCAUUAGAGCUAUGUAGUCCACAUAUGCCAGGUACUGCAAUGGUUGGCUGUGUAAGGUUCCUGGUAGUUUUGGUUCUGUAAUGCUACUCUGGAAGUAGUUUGUGGUAGUUUCACUGGUGCUCACGUGUUUGGUUUUUCUAAAGUGAAUUUGAACAGGAUACUUGAUAAUGAGUCUCCUAGUCUGCGGACUUGAUUAAUCUGUAACUCCUUUGUGCACUCUCCCUGUACUGCUCUACUUUUGGAAUUAGUCAUCAUCAUAUGUACAAGCCGGGUAAGAUUGUUGGGGGCGCCAAGCCUCUGAAGUGCAUCAUACAGUUAUUUUCUGUCUACGCCAUCAUAAGCUGUUGUGUAGUCCAUAUAAUAAUGGUAGGGGGUGUUUUAUUUGUAGCAUUUCUCAGAGAGACAUCUGGUAGCAAAGAUAUGAUCUGUGGUUAAUCUCUUCUGUUGGAAUCCUCAUUGAUACUCACCUAGGAUCUGCUCACUAUACCUUUCCAGUUUUCUUGCUAUUAGUUUAGUGAAAAUUGUGUAAGUUCCAUUAAGUAGGGAGAUUUGACCAAUCCAGCUUAGAUCAUUCCUUGUGAUAUAAGAGUAUGUGCCUAGUACCUCAUUCAUUUUGUAUUUCUUCUUCCUGCCAAAUGCUGGAUUUGAUGUAGUUUUUUUACCUAUACAGUUUUUUUUCCACCUAGUUUUAUAAUUUCUGCAGUGAUAAGGUCUAUUCCUGGGGCUUAAUUAUUUUUCAUGGUUAAGAUCACAUCUUUUUUUAAAUUUUUUAAUUCAGAGUUGGUUGGCUGACAAUGGGUCCAGUCCUGUUAUGGUAGUUGUUAUCAUCCAUGUCCGGAAAUUUGUUUGAAAGAAAUUUCGUCUAUGAAAAAUUGAUCGAACGGAAAUUUGGCUGAAUCUUUUUUUCAUUCCACACGUUAAAUUUUUGCAUCAAAUUUCUUUUUGAAUGCAUUAUUUUGUUUUACUAUAUAGUAUCCCUUCACUUCUCUUUUUUUUUACUAGCUCUUUUAUCUCUACUUUUUUUUUUUUUUUUUUUCCCAAUCACAUCCUUUCUUUCUAUAACUUUCGUUAUCCGCCCUUCUUGUUUCUUUUGUCAUGUUCUUUUUGUCUCCCUUUAAAAUUGAUCGAACGGAAAUUUGGCUGAAUCUUUUUUUCAUUUCACACGUUAAAUUUUUUCAUCAAAUUUCUUUUUGAAUGCAUUAUUUUGUUUUACUAUAUAGUAUCCCUUCACUUCUCUUUUUUUUUACUAGCUCUUUUAUCUCUUCUUUUUUUUUUUUUACUUUUCCCAAUCACAUCCUUUCUUGCUAUAACUUUCGGUAGCCGCCCUUCUUGUUUCAUUUGUCAUGUUCUUCUUGUCUCCCUUUGCAGCAUCAUUAGCCAAGCCUUGUUUCUUUCUUCUAUAAGUUCUAUGAAUUCUGCGUCAUACCAUUAUGUUCUUUUUUUCCUGUCUGUAUAAAUCCUAUUGCUUGCUCUGUUACACUUUUAAAAAUUUGCUUAAUUUUUUUCCCAUCACUUAUUUAUAUUGAUGUUUUUUUGAGUCUCUAGUUGAGUUUGAAUCUUCUGUUGAAACGCCUCAGUAACUUUGUGGUCUCCACUUAACUGCUGGCUUGUUAACCAGUUUUAAAAUUAUUUAAUAUUACAAAGUUAAUUUGAAGUUUAAUAAUAUUAAGAAAAAAAGUUUGAUAUAAAAAUGAUGGCAUCAAAAUAAGAGAAGAAGAAAAUUGAAGAAUACUAGAUUCCUUGAAAAUUAUCAGGCAGUUCCAAACAGACAAAAAUCUAUUUCCAUCUGCACAAAAAAGAUUGCAAACCCCUGGUUUCAAUGAUAAAGAUAUAUUAAUAAAUCUGGUCACUAUGUCACAUGCAUGAGAAAAUUGUAUUAACUUUAACUUAGCUCUGUGUGUAGUGUGACCUGUUGGACGGUAAUAUAAAAUACAAACAUAUAAAUAAGCAUGCACAAACCUUUUAAUAAAAACUGUUGAAAUUGAUGAAUAAUAUGGUUUGUUUUUAUUCUAAAAAUAAAAAUAACUGUAAAUUUCUUACCCUAUUUCUUGAACAGUAAUGCUUGAUAGAAAUUUUUAUAUUUAAAUGAUGAAACUGUUUGAGCUGUUUGAGAUUUGACUCUGUUUUGUAUUUUACAAGCAUUUAAAAAUUAAUCCUUAACAUAUGUUCAGGUUUUAGUGGAUGUGCCAUGCAAUGCAGAUCGCCAUGUGGUUACAGAGGAUGACAAUAAUUUAUUCAAAAUCUCCAGGACACAUGAGAGAUUGUCACUCAUGGAAAUUCAGAAAGAACUGUUGCUGUAUGUAGCAUUUGACCCUACUAUACAAAUAUUCUUUGACUUGAAUCCUUUUAUAAUUUUGUUUUUUUAUAUUCAAAAUGCCUGAUUUUUAUUUUGUUUUUAAUUUGAACUGCCUUAAAACAAAUCUGUUAUUAUGGAAAAUGUACUAUAAAAUGAGUACUGGUUACAUACAAUUAUUUUAUAUCUCCAUAAGGAAUAUGCUAUUACUACUACUACUGCUAUAAUUUAUCAGUAUGGAAACAGAAGAAAAGUGGAUUUUUUUUAUUUGAAGUAAUUGAAUACAUUUGAGUUUUAUUGUAAUCGAUAUUCUGUCCCUGAAUUUCAUUGCCAUUCUACAACCCCCUUUCAAAUUUCUCUUUUCCUAGAUCUGCCAUCAAAUCUUGUGUGAGGGGAGGCACCAUUGUCUAUUCCACCUGCACCCUGUCACCAGCUCAGAAUGAUGGCGUUAUUCAAGCUGCCUUAGAGGAACUGUGGGAAACAUCUGAGGUAAUAUAUAAUAAAAACGGUUUGACUUGGAUGCUCAAAACACAAUUCCUGAAGGAAACACAACAGCAGUUUCAUGGAUUCUUUUCAUGAAAUAACUUUAAUUUUCAUGUAAGUCUAAUGACGUUCUUAAAUGGCCUUCCUCCUGUCUGUAAGUUAAACUCUUAAUCCAGUGUUGAAAGCCCAUGGGAGGGGUGUCAAAUUUGUGUACAUUUUAAUAUUUCUUGACAUUGAUUGAACUGUCAUUUUUACAACUUGAAUUUCAUGCUAAGAAUUUAAAAUAAAAUUGAUAGGUUGCCAGUAAUACCAGAUGCAGGUGGAACAUUAUUAUUUCUUCCCAAGAUCCUUUCAGGGUGCUUUACUAACUCCAUCAAAAUUGCAUAAAAUAUUAGUGGUAUAUAUAUAUAUAUAUUAAUCUACACAAUAAGUGGCUUAAGUGAGUUUUUUUAUUAUUAUCAUCAUUUCUGACAAUGACAUAUGUCCCAGCUGCUUAUAAAUCUCCAUGGUGAUAAAUUUAGGACCACAAUCUAUGUACACCUAAAAGAAAAUUCUUUGCUUUAUACACCCCGCCUCCUUUUUUUUUUUUAUUCACUGGUACAUUUUUGGCCUUUCCUCCAUUAACUUUACAUAAAAUUGAGCAUCCCACACACGACCCAACCCCCCCCCCCACCCUCUUUUUUUUUAAAGAAAGAAUUAACUUAUUUACAGACAAUAAUGUCAUGUCAUGAACCAUUUUAAAAAUUAUGUCACCAUUUUUCUCUUUUUUUUUUCAAACCCGUUGCUGUUGAAGGCCUACCUAUAUUGUAUCUAUUGACAACCAGGGAUUCAUCCUUACGAAAUAAUUAGGUCACAAAUUACAUCACUCAUAUGGAAUCAUACAGUAGACUUAAGUUGUCUCUAGGCUAUAAAUAACCAUUGUGUUAUCUACAGAGCUUGUGACAACACAAAGCGACAGUAGGACAGUUAUUAGGAAACGUGGCUGUGAUAUUUUAAAGCCUUUUGAAAAUAAUUAGAAAUCAUGGAUGUCAUAGAAAUUUAGGUGAUUGUUGGCUAUGUUAUCCAUUUAAAUUGACUGUAAAUUUAGGUGAUUGUUGGCUAUAUUAUAUUAUAGGCUGUUAAUAGACUGUCAUAAUUUCAGAAUGCAAUAAUUAUUGCAGGAUUAUGGAUGGCCCCUUUAAGAGAGAAUGUUUAAAUCAUUAAUUCAGUGAAAUUUAGUAGUAAAGUAAAGCUUGCUGAUGUAAAAACUAAAUAUAUAUAUUAUGUACUGUGAUAUUGUUAAGCUGGAUGCUCUAAAGAUUGUAUACACACCUACCCUGGUAAAACUUCACCACCUGAUGAUAUUUGUAAGAAAUAUUUGCAGCGAAAAAAAACAUAUUUGAAAGUUAUUAAGCAAUAGGAAAGUGCUUAUAACAUAAUGCAUGCACCAAUGGAGAUAAAUGCUCCUAGAAAAAAAGUUUAUCAAGCAGGAUUUCAAAUAGUGAAUAACACAUAACAAAGAAAUGGCUGUGGGGAUUAUAAAUCAUCCGCAAAAGCCUAUACAUAUAACUUAAGAUGAUAUUAAUGUACGCUUGGGUUAGACUGUAAUUCGACAUAGCAACUGUACAUGUUUAGCUGCAAAUAAAACCCAAUUUAUAAUCAACCCCUGACUAUAGCUAAGAAGUAUUUAUUGGGGCCUCAGCUUUUUUUUUUCCCCCUGCAUAAACCGCCGCAGGAAACCUGUUGCCCGCCUUUCUAGAAAUAAACAAAAUAAAAUCCAAAUGAAUUUUUUUUUUUUUCUGUUUGAAAUUAUAGAUUGAAGUGGCUGUUGAAGACUUGACGUCGCUUGCCGAUCUCUUUCAAGAUGUUUUCAAGUUCCACAAGCAAUCGAAAUAUGGCAAGGUGAUACUACCCAAUCUUCUAAACAACUUUGGGCCCUCGUAUUUUGCAAAACUGAAACGAAUUAAAUAAUUUAAAUAAUU